AUGUGCUCGGCCGGGGAGCUGCUCCGGGGCGGCGGCGGCGGCGGGGAGCGCGAGGAGGACGGGGCCGCGCGGGCGGCGGGGCCGGAGCGCGAGUCCGGGGCGAGUCCGCGGCGGCGCGGGCGGCGGCCGCAGGACCGGCGCGAGCAGGAUAAUGAAGAUAUACAAAACCACCCUGGAGAGCCUAAUGGAGAUCACUAUAAAAAGAUGGGAACACUCUUUGGCGAACUGAAUAAAAACCUCCUCAACAUGGGCUUCACACGGAUGUAUUUUGGAGAAAGAAUUGUGGAACCAGUAAUAGUCAUUUUCUUCUGGCUUAUGUUGUGGUUCCUUGGCCUGCAAGCCCUUGGACUAGUUGCUGUUCUCUGCCUAGUCAUUAUUUAUGUGCAACAGUAAAAUCUGGCCGGAUGAACUGUUGUUUGACAUUUGGUUGCCAUAGAUGUAAUUGGUGAAGUUAUAUAUUGCAUUACAUGAAAGCCGAAAAAUUUGCCUUGUUUCAAAUUGUGUGCUGUUUUGUAACGAAAUUUUUAAGUGGAUGUUGUUUAAAAUUAAACUCAAUUCUUGAUUAUAACAGGGUUUAAUAUACAUUUUGUAGCUUAUUCAAAACUCUUGUUUUACCACUGUGAUCUGUGCCCAUUUUUAAAGCCCCCUAGUUCCCAGGCCAAAGUUUAAAUAACACCACCAAACAGUGAGCAGGAAAAAUAACAAAAUAUGGAUUUCAAAUUGGACAAUAUUGGUCUUGGAAAGAGCUCUAAUGAAACAUUUUAGAAUGACUGGGGAUCUAAUUGAAGAACCCACCAAAUAAUCCAAUAUAAUUUGGGGAAUUUUUGGAUUUCUAUUGUUCCUGCUCACUUCAAAUAGUAUAAAUGAUACUACUCUAUACUACCUUAAUAUUUUGAAAAAAAUAAAGGUGAUACAUUUUUCUAAAGAAAAGCUAUAUAUAUAUAUUUAUGACUGCUAAGGAAACUUCCCAAGUUAAAUGAACAUUUUUAUAAUGUAACACUUGGGCCUGGAAUCAAUUGAGUAUAUUAUUUGAAGUUUUAGACAAUUUUGGUGCUAAUUCUUUUUGAGAACUUUUGAAGUCUGAUAAGCCAGUUCCAUAGUUGGCCGCACCCUAUGGUAAUGGUUUAUUUUAUUGUGUCAAAGAAGUUGCAUAUUUUUUCCUGAGGGACAUGUAUUUCUUUUUUCAAAAAUUUACAUUUUAUAGUUCUUUUAUAACAAUUCUAAGAUUUAAAAAAUUUAUUUCUUGUCUUGGCAGGAAUUUUUUUCCUCAAAAAUUGAUUUGUAUUAUGGCUGAAAUACUUUACUAUUCUUUUAAGAAAAAGAUGUGUUCAUUUUCUUUAAUACCUAUAUUGGAAAGUAAAGUAUUAUUACUAUGUGAAACCAAAUGCUUAAAUUUGGAACUUACCAGCCAAUUGUAAUAAUAUUCCUGGAAGGCUAAAACCAUGUCAGUAGUUGGUCAGCCAUGUUACUAAAUAUGUUUUAAUUCAGCACUUUGGGUUUUAUAUUAAAAUAAGUGUUCCUUUAAAUACACUUUUAAAAUGGAAAAUGGCUUAGUGAAUUUUUGGAAUUUCUUGGAGAACUUAAAAUUUUCACACUUUUGUCUUAAAGACUUUCUACAACAGACAAAGGAGAGGUGGUUAAGAUAAUCAUAUAAAAAUUAUGGUCAUAUAAGAGGUAAAUGGAACGAUGGGGCACAUUUAUCUUUGGCGGAGUAAUAACUAGAAUGUCAAGUGUUUACUAUUUCACUUAGUGAAGAUUUUUUCCCAAUCUCUCUUUUAAAAAUUUAUUCCAUAAUUUCUCAAUGUCUUCCAUUCUAUAGUCAAAAAUUAACCAAAAAAUGUUCAAUUCAGAUUUCUAAAAUCAAAUAAUCCUAAACAAAUUACCAGCGAGAAGGCACUCAAGAGUAUUAUAUAUUUGUAGAAAUAGAGACCCAUUAAAGCUUCACUUAAAGACUUUAUACGUGUUUUUAUUGGGUUUACAAUAUUUCUACAGUAACCUUUUUAAAGUUGGCAUAAGGCCAGCUUACUUGAAAAGGUGUCUUCAUUUGUGUACAGAAGAAUUGAGACCUUUCAAUGGAAGUCAUAAGAUUACAAAUGGGGCCUGGUGGCGCAAGGGGUUAAGAUGCAACUUAUGAAGCUAUCGGCAGCCACUGCAUCACGAGUUCGAUCCCCAGCCAGGGAGAUGCCCACAUGGCGCAGCAGACCUCUAUUGACAUGCUCGCUGCUCCCCUCAGCAGUAUAUUUCAGUACAUCUGCCUGUCUUUGGUGAAUCCUCUCACCACCCCGAACCCCACCUCUGGACUGUGCCCCAGUUCUUGUAUGCAUAAAUAAAUAAAUCUUUUUUCAAAAGAUUAUAAAUGAAUAUCUGCCUUAAAUAUUAAAAAGUGCAUUCUUUAAUGCUACAGGGAGUUUUAAUUUCCCUUUCCAAUAUAAAAGAGACAAAUGUGCACGGUAACAGCUCUGAUCCCACCAGUCCCUAAUGUUGAGAUUAUUUUAAAGUAAGUUUGAAUAGUAGUUAUUUAGUGCACUGCUAGUUACAUGUAUCUGUUUGCUGCUGUUAACAGGAUAUAUAUUAAAUCAUAUAAAGAAGAGAGGUAUUUUGCUGCUGUUCUUUCUACAUAUAUUAUUGGCUAGAGUAGUAUACCAUCAAACUUUUUGCUUUGAUAGGGAAAAAAAGCAAGUUUUGCUUAUUUGAAAGGAAUAAAAUAUUUU